CAUUACUUUUUCAACACGUAAUUGUCCUAUUUCUUAUCAUGCUCGUAUCAUCAAGUCGAAAUAUACCUCUAUUUGUUGGAAUAGCAUACCGUUAUCGACGAAAUAUUGUUUUUUGUAUGCGUUGUAAUCUUCGGUCCUCUCGUGCUCUACAUGCCAUCUCGUGUAAAUCCAUUGCUUUUUAUUGUAUUUGCUGCAUGUUUAAACUCACCAAUAUGUUUUGACCUUGACCUCUCCAGGUCUCCUUUGUCGAUUAGACCUAUUGUACUGCUUAUUGUAAAUAAAUAUGUCAUAAAACGGAUAUCGACGUUGAACGGUUUCAUGAUCCUUAAUAACAAUUCAGCUUCUUCUGCAUCGUCUAGAGACAGGCUCUAUCAUUGGUCUAUAACUCCAAUUUGUCGCUUGGGUUCCUUUACCAAAAGUGACCGUAUUAUGAGAACUUGUUGUCAAUUUGGUGCAGUUAUAAGCUUUCGGAUCUCACGAUCAAGUACCCAAACUACCUAAUGAACGGUUGAAAAUGUUUUAAAAUUUGAGAAGCUGUUCAACCUAGUUUUCAAAGGUGGCAUGACGUUGGACAUCUUUCCAACAAUGUUUUUUGUCA